CAGAGUUCAAAGAUUGAACAAAAAACAACCAAGAACAAUUCCAAUAAUUUCUUGUUGGAAAAGGGAUAUGUCACUUGAAAGGAUAAAAACAGAAAAUGAUUUGAACUAUGGAUAUGGAAAAGUCCUUCCAAGAAUAGAAGAAAAGCCUGCAGACAAUCCUAAGGUACAAAAUGAUCAUUUAUAAAUUAUGAAAUGUUCAAUAUCAAAACACAUAAUGUCUUAUAUGAUUUUUCUUAUAUGUUCUAUAAAUGACAGGUCUUUAUGAAUGAAUUUGCAUCAAUGGUACAAGAAGUUGGUGCAUCUUUGGCAAGACUUUCUACCAAAUUGGUUAAGGCAAAAGAGCUCUUCCCUGGGAAUCAGUUGGUCAAGAAGGUAGAUGAAGUGUUGGGAAAGAUGGCAAGAGAACCAUCAAUUCUCAGCCAAGUUGAAGAAAUAUUUGGAUCAGAGGAUUUUUUGAAUGCCAUAGCUCAAAUUGAGAAGGAACUGAUGGAGGCAAGUGAAGCAGAAAGAAAGAAAAUAGGAAAUGAGAAGGAAUAUGAUAUAAGGAAGGCAUUCAAUUUGGGUUGCAACUUAACUCCCCCAACUCCAACAACUGAAGCACAGAUUAAUGUUGCAGCCACAACUUCAACAACAACUGAUGCAAAUGUUUCUUCUAAGCCAGAAGAGGAAAGAGUUGGAGGUUCAAAUUCUGAAGAACCACAAGAUGGAGGAAAUUCAAAAAAAGGUAAAAAGUUCACUUAUAUAGUAUUAAAUGAACAUUUGUGAUUGUAAGAUAUUCUUCUUUAAUGAUACUAAGUCUAUAUAUGUGUGAAUGCAAAUUAAUACAAAAAGCAUUAAACAAAGGUGAAGGUUCAAAAUAUGAAGCAUUAGAAGAAAAUGUUGAAGGAAAUUCAAAGAGUGGUACAAUGUUCACAUAUUACAAAUAAAUGAUCAAAUUAUUAAGUAUAAUGUUCAUUUCUAGUUAUAUUAAAUUUUUUUCAUGUAUUUUGUUUGCAGCAUCUGAUUCAAAAGUUGGUGAUCCCAAGACACCAACUGAA